AUGUCGACGGAUCCAACACCCAACCCUAUUCCAAUCCCAGCCACCGCACCAAUCACCAUCAAUCCCUCCGCCACCUCCAGGAAGCGCACACACGAAGAAAUCUCCCCUCAAGACGAGUCAAUGGGAGGAGCUCUGCCUUCGUCAAGAACACCCGGGAUCAGUCCAACAGCUAUCUAUGGUGAGGGAAUGGCCCGCAUCAAUCCCCUCACAGGUACCGCUGCAACGGCAGAAACCCAGACCGGAACAUGGUUUGAAGAUCAGCUAGAAAUGAAACUGCAACCGGGUGUGGAGGAGACAGCCGCGCAAUUAACGGUUUCAGAUGGCGAAUUACCUAAACGAAAGGUCCAACGCCGGGAUAGCUCCUCCAAUGCUGAUGUCGCCAUGGCCGCAAACCCAACGGAGUCACCAAAAGUCACGGUAGGAGGCCCAAGUACCUAUCGGUCCAGCGAGCUAGGAAUCGGAUGGACAUAUGUAGGCGUAUACUCCGAAUUUGUUGCAAUGGCACGGGGAUUCAGCCGGUACAUUGAUAACCACUACUCUCUUACGCACUCGGAGUUAUUGUUUGAGAGCAAGAGUUUGGAAGCAUAUCUGGUCUCAUCGAACCAGGGAUACUUCUUGUUUGCAGAAGACUUGACGGAAGGGAGACUAGUAGCAAGAACAUGGGAGGAUACACUGGCGAAUCUCCAAUCUUCGCCAGUACGGUUCUCGUGGGCGCAGCCCCUCUUUGCUGCCAGAACUCCGGAUACAGGCCGCGAGAGUGACAACGGUACGGGAUCUUCAGCCAUGGCAGGGGAAGUGGGAGAUAUGGAUAUGGAUUGA